GCGAAUCCUGGUGCGUGGCUGUUGCGGAUCCGCGAGGGAAAGUCGAAAGAAAUUUAUCGGAUAUCUGGUCACAGUAAUUCGGAAGGAAGUGAAAGCAGUGCAGUCCGUGUUCUCAUCGAUUCGUUUUCUGGUCGUACGAUCCGCAUUCAUGUCUCAAAGAAAAAAGGAAUGGGACGGGAAAGUCUUUUGUCGGAAGAAAAGGAGGUCGAUGGUGCUAUAUGGAGGUGAAUUAGCAAGAAGCGUAUACAGCACAUUGCUUUUACGCUUUAUUUUCUUUAAGCCUUGUACUGCUUUACUUCGCAGUACACAUACUGAUUUCAAUUCAUUUUCCUACGUCACACAUGUUAUCCUCAAAUCUGGGUUUCGAUGCCGAUUUCAUACUUCGUGGAAAGAAACCUCGUUUCUGAAGAAGAUGAUCCGUUGUUGCGCCGAAAGGGCUAGCCCCAGAUCGUCUGGAGUUCCUAUUGCCGCCCAUGUGGUCCAUGGAUAA